AAGCGAAUCCCCCGUGCGUCCACGGUGCGCGCACGCGCGUGGCAUCCUCGAGGACCUCGAGAGACUCCGCCAGGAAGAUCGUUCGACAACGAUGCUGGCACGGCGAUUUCUACGCGGGAGGCAGCUGUGGCACGCCUCGUGCGUCUGCACGCCGGUCCGGCACACACAGAGCCAGCAGGUCAGCCAGGAUGCGCUGGACACGGUUAACCUCGAAAUGCGGCUGCCGGCCGCCUUCAAGAAGCAUCCGCAGCGGCAGCCGUUCGCCAAGAAUCUGUUCCUCGCCUCGUUCGACCACGAGUUCAUGUAUUAUCCCGAGCCGCAGACCAAGGACCGGCAUCGGCGCUUCUCCGAGUGGUUGCAGCCCAUCGAGAAGUACAUGUCGGAGUGCCUGGAGGAUCCGGCGCGGACGUUGCGCAAGGACGAGGUUCUCGCUCGCCUCAGGGAGCUGGGCGUCUUUCGAGCGUGCGUGGCCGAGAAGUACCUCGGCCUGGACCUCAACCGCACGGAGUCGGCCAGGCUGGUGGAGGUGCUCAGCUGCCUGCCCUGGCUCGGCUGCUACAUGGUCAAGAAUCACAUCGUGCCGGUGCACCUCAUCUCCACGCUGGCCACGGACGAGGUGAAGGCCAGGUAUCUGCCGAGGAUAGCGAGCGGCGAGCUCGUGCCGACGGUGUGCUUCACCGAGCCCGGCAACGGGCUCAACACGCUCAACGUCAGCAGCACGGCCGAGCCGUCGGACUUGGACUGGACGUUGAACGGCGAGAAGACAUUCGUGGCCAACGGCCACGACGCCAAUCUGUUUCUCGUUUUCGCGCACAGCGGCCAUUCCCACGCGAUCAGCAUCGAGAACACGAUGCUGUCUAUAUUUCUGGUGGAGCGAGAAUUCGGCGGCGUCACGAGCAAGGACGUCAAGCGCCUGGUCGGGCUGCGGGACAGUCCUGUCUGUACGGUGACUUUCGGGAGCACGAAAGUGCCGAAGGAGAACCUCCUGGGUGAGGUGAGGUCCGGUACGGGCGUACUGAUAGACAUGCUCGCGCCCGGGAACAGGCACCUCGCCGCGCAAGCGGUCGGCACGCUCAAGACCUUCACCAAGACGCUGACGAAGCAUGUGUUGCGGCGGAAGCACAUGGACAGAAAUAUGCACGAGUACGAGAGCGUGAAAGAGGUGAUAGGCAAGGUGGCGAGCACCCUGUACGGCAUGGAGAGCAUGCUGUACUAUACCACUGGUAUGAUGGACACGUUCGACAAUCAGGACUGCACGCUCGAGAAGGCCAUGGUGGAGGCGUACUGCACGAGCGAGUGCGUCGCGCGCAUCUACGAGGGGCUGCAGCUGAUCGGCGCGUACAGUUACCUGAGGGAGGAGCCCUACAUACGGACCUUCGAGGACGCGCUGUCGUACACCCUCUUCGACGGCUGUCCCCUCGACGCCAACGCAUACGUAGCUCUGCUCGGUCUGCAGCACACCGGCAAGAAUCUGAGCAAGCACAUAUUCAAGCUGCGAAAUCCGUUCAACUUUCCCGAAUACAUAGCCAAGUGGACCUUGGGUAAGGAGUACCGGCUGCAGCUGAGGGUAGCCGAGCACCUGCACCCGUCCCUGGCGUGCGGCAGCAAGGAGCUGGAGAAGUGCAUCACCAACCUGCAGAAGGUCUCGGUGCUGUUGCUGGAACGCCACGGCGCGGACGUGCCGGAACGACAGAUGGAGCUGCGCCGACUCGGCGAACUGGCGACGAGAACGUUCGCGCUGAUCACCGUCCUCUCGCGCGCCUCCCGGGCGUACUGCAUCGGCGUGAGAGAUCACGACUACGACCGGAACAUGGCCGACAGUUUCGCGAUUCUCUCCAUAGACAGGGUGCGGAUUCUCGCCGACGAGAUCGUCGAGGGAGAGUGGAACAACGGCGACGAUUGCAACAAGACUGUCGCCCAACUUAUGUACGAGAAAAAGGACUUUUUUGCCGAGCACCCGCUAAACCGAACGUACUAGAUGUUCGGUGGAUUUAGUUUACUCUAUACAUAGUGCGUACACGAUGGAAAAAGAGAGAGACAAAGUUAGCGAAAGCGCGUUUGCUUGAUGCGAUCAAUGUAUUUAAAUCGCAUAAGCGAUCUCUGUGUGCGGCGCUCGCAAGCCGCGCGCGUUUCGCGUCUAGAAGAUAUUGAUAUACCUGUAAAUUUUCAACCGAAUUACCGGUUUUUUUAAAAUAAUGUAAGAUAGUAAGUGUGAGCUGUAAAAAAUGUAUAAUAUAGCUGAACUCGUCUCAAGAACAAGGAAUACACGUUGUUUUCCACCGAGGUUUCUGUAUUUAUACGUCAGUAGCAAUUGUACAGUCGUUACACUGUACUUAUGUACUAAAGAUCAAGAUGGAAAGUAAAAUAAACGCUCUUACUUAGA